CCGGCUGGGGACGAGCGUUGGCGCUCGGCAGACCCGCGGUGAUGUGCUGCGGACCGGCGGCACCGAGGUGUUCUCGGUGGAGGGAACGUGUUCCUGCGGCCGCAGAAACUUGCGGAGGUACCGGCAGCAGUUAAGCGUGCGAGGAAGCGGUUUUUUUAAUGUAUUUUUUCCUGUCUCUUUUUUUUCCUCUUCUUUUUGUGCUUUUUACCAGUGCCCGCGGCAAUUACUUUUUUUGCCGCCACAACGUUAAGGUUUUUGCUCGAAAAAAUGUAUGUUCUAUAAAGCAAUCUCUUGUGCCUUUCAGUCUACAGAACUCGUGGACAAAUGCGUAGGUCCACGCAUUCAUAUUGUGAUGAAGAGUGCAGAAAUUGUUGGAACACUUCUAGGAUUUGAUGACUUUGUCCAUAUGGUGUUAGAAGACGUUACAGAAUUUGAGAUUCCAUCCGAGGGCAGAAGAAUCACAAAGCUAGACCAGAUUUUGCUAAAUGGAAAUAACAUAACAAUGGUGGUUCCUGGAGGAGAAGGGCCUGAAGUAUAA